CUUGGGUACUGAUACAGGUGUCUCGUACCACAUCCUGAUGGGAGGCAAGGCAUCAGUUAACCUUACAGGCGGUGCAACAACCAACCACGUUUUGGUCAAUAUACAACCGCUUACAACAUACCUAGAUCUACUGGCAGGUGCGACAAAUAAGAUACCUUAUCCUGUGGACGUGGUUGGGGUCGGCCCGUAUAGGUACAUGUUGACAGACUUGAAUCAAGGCGGCGAACACACGGACGGCGUCAUCAUCUUCCUGCACCAGAUCCACCCUCCGGCCGCGUGUAUCAUGUUCAAACAUGGUUCAAAAGCAACGUAUGAGAUCCCCUUCGACCUGAAACCCGCCACAGAGUUAACUUCAACGUUUCAGAAUCCACACAAGCCACGCCAUGGAUGA